AUGACCCUAUUCGAGGUCAAAGUUAUUUCCGCUCGUGGCUUAUCGCUCAAAGGACAUAACAAAUUGGAAGCAUUCGUAAAUUUGACAAUUAACGGUAAAGGAAACUGGAAAAGUAAAGUACAAACAGAUAUUAUCAGGACAAUAACUGACUGUAAAUGGGAUCAGCGAUGUGAAUUUGCAUUAAAUGAUUUGGAUUCGGCGUUAACAGUAACUGUUAAUCAUCGUACCGUAUUGGGUACAACUGAUUGUAUUGGUGGAAUUGAAUUACCGUUACAUUCAUUGGUACACGUACGUAUGCCAACGUGGUAUCGCUUAUAUAAGAAAGGUAAAUAUGACAAUAAUGGACAACAAACGAAAUAUCGCGGUGAAAUAUGCCUGAAAUUUGAAUUUUCCAAUAAAGUUUGUACGACAAAAAGCAAAAAUUUGUCAGCUUCAUCACUUUCAAUUGGAACUUUGCAUGGUCCCAAUAAACUUGGUGAUACAUUAAAGCGUAAGAUACGAUUUGGAAAAAAAAAGACUAAUGGUGCGUCGGAUACCACUUCACUAAUAAGCCUUCCACAGUACAGUCAACAUCGUUCUUCGCUCUGUGAAGUUUGUCCAACGAUUCCAAAACCAAAUCGUAUUUCAACAAUCGAUUUAAAUCGUGAUGGACUAAUAACACCACCAGCUGCUGCACAAACUAUCAGAAAUUAUGCAACGCCAUCGUAUAACUAUAGAAAUAAUGGAAUUGAUGGUGCAUUAUAUGAUUCACAACGUACGUCAAUAUCAUCGAAUCGAAAUUCUUUGAAUUCAUCUCCAAUACCAACAGCUGGAGAAAUUGAUGGUUCCGAAUCACCAGCAAUAGUUCCACGUCCGCAUAGUGCAACUUCAUCCGGUUUUGGUUCUGCACAAUUAACUGUUAUCAAUAGUUCCGAUUUAGCUUCGAUUUCUCAUUGUUCAUCACGUGAGGAAUUAUUAAAGAACAUCAAUGAUUUACGAAAUGAAUUAGCACGUAAGGAUGCAAAAAUCAACGAUUUACAAGAUUAUAUUGGGAAAUUACUAGCAAGAAUUAUGGAGAAAAAUCCGGAAAUGUUGGAAGUUAAACAGUCACGCGGUUUUUUUUCAAGACAUUAG